UUUAAGUUCUCAUCACUGACUUUUCUGAUUAAGAUGAUAGCCAUGAAGAGGUAACUGUAAUUUCAUAUUUUAUGUUUGGGUGGAAAGUCUGUGUUCACUGAAAUCAUAUUCAGGAGCAGCAUAUUGACAGAAUCGUAUAUGGAUUAAUCUUUAAAAAUUAUGUCAUUCAGUUCGUGUUCGUAAAUAGGAGAUCCAAGCUUUUAGUCUGGUGUGCUGUCUAUAGUUACAGUAUCAGGUUAUUGUGUGGACUCUACAUCUCUCUCUCUCCCUCCGUCUCUCUCUCUCUCUCUCUCUCUCUCUCUGUCUUUUUCUCUCCCUCACUCACACACACGCACACUAUUGUGGUCGCAGUGUAGCUCCUUCACUUGGCAUAUCCCUCCAACUCGCUCGGAGCGUUGGCUGACUGAACGACGCCGUGAUCUCCCUAAACAUAGCUUAUCCUCCAACCACCGUGGAUAUACUCUCGUCGGGUCGCGUCUCUUCAGCUCCGUUAAAGGUCUAUGCGCACUUUCUCUGUCAUUAAAUUAUUCUUUGAAGUCUGAUAAAAGGAUGGAAAUGUUAUUUUAGAGAGCGUUGCUAUAGCAGGACUGUUUAUUCUUCAUUCGCAACCCUAGGCGAUUUAGCUGACGUGAGAGCAGUACUCCGCCUCAUUAAAAAGAAAUUACCGAAAAUCUGUCGUCGCGAAAGGACAUGGACAAAAUACGCUUUUUCGCGUGUUAAUAAAAUAUGGUAUUUGGUAUUUUCAGCCCAGGUAACUUUUGCGGUGUGCUGGCGCUAUUUCAUGCCAUGCAAAACAAGAGAUGAUUCCUUGUGCACCCUGCCAGUAUCAUAUCCCACACUUACUCUCUGGAGAACUUUGGUCCUUCGCCGGGGUCUGGAUCCCCAUCCUUACGCACCAUAUCUCCAAAAAGUGGACCAAACUUUAGAGUAAUACAAAGCAGGGAUUUUUCUUUUCUUCUCAUUUUCAAUUUUUCAGUGAGACGUAUGUCGUUGCGAUAUCUUCCAUGCCACCGACCAUCGUGAUAAAUGGACAAGAAUGUGGCAGACACCAUUCGUGGAGAAACUCAAUAGAGAAUCCGCUGGCAAACCGGGAGGACUGGAUUAAGUUCUUAAAAAUAAACGAGUCGUAUGCAACCCACGCGUCUUUUUCUGUGAGGUGGGCUUUGAGAAGAGCGAAGAAGGGAUGUUGGUCCGAAACAAAUUUCCGUUCAUCUUCGGGUUUUGGCACUUCGUGUUCAGCCAGUUCUUUUUGACAUCAUUUCCCCUUGUAUUUCAGCUCGCUCUGGGAGAGCCACAGAGGUCAUGCUCUCGGACUGUGAGCGACACAGUGGGCACCAGGUGCCAGCUGGCGUGUCAGUGUAGGCCCUACCCUCCUCUGCCACCCCCGCCCCCACCACCUCCGCCCCCCAGAAUCAUGGUCCCUGUGCCUCCCCCGGUGGAGCCCGCGAGGAAGCCCUGGUGGAAUGAGAUGCUGCUGGUGCUCGGGACGACCAGCUGUGCCUCCAUCGUCUUCCUCCUCCUUACCGCCAUCGUCUGCUAUAAGUCCAUAAAGAGGAAACCACUACGGAAGGAGGAGAAUGGUACGAGCCGGGGGGAAUACGCCAUGAGCUCCCGAACCAAGACCACGACGGUAGAGACCAACAGCACUGGGGUAUAGGGGCCGCCCCAGACAUGAUCACGCCUGGCAAUCGUCUUCAAUGUUACUACAGCCACACUCCCUCUCCUUGCUCUCGACAAGGUCAUGGAACGGCAGAAAAAUGACACUGGACUUUCCUCGGCAGUCAAGCCAUGCCUAGAUGCCUAGAGAGAACCAGAGAAUUGUAUAUUUAUUAAUAUAAAUAUAUAUAUAUAAAUCUAUAUCAAUCUAAACUAGAGCUUAAAGGAAACAGGGGACUAGACUUUGACAUACUGGACUUAAGCCCCGUUGUGGGACAUCACCUCAAGUUGGCGAGGGGUGGGGGGUGGGGGGUGCACUGGAUGACAGCUGCCAGCGCAUGGGGCGAAGCUGUCAGUCCAAAUGGCACCUCGGAGACCCCCCUCCUUACCCAUCUACUCCUGCAGAGAGUGGCAGGAAAACAAACGCCGGCGACAAAACAAACGCAUGCACUUUCUAUUAAAUGCAACAACUUCUCAUGGAUCCUACCCUUCUCUCUCUCUCUUUCUCACGCUCUCUGUCUUUCUCACUCUGUCUCUGCCUCUCUUUGUCACUCUCUUUACUGUCCUUUUGUCCCAAGGAAAGGAUGGGGUGGGGCAACGAGAGAUUCUCCUCCACCUUUUGUAAAUUUCCAGGGUCCCGAAAGAUGAAGGGAUGCAUCAAGCCAUUGUUGUCUGUGGGUGUAACUUUGACGCACGCUGAUUUAAGUCAUCACCACCCAUGGAAUGAGAAUGAUCCAUGUAUGCCAAAUAUAGAACCUUUUUUUAACUACAGCUGGAAGAAACGGUGAAUUGUUAAAGAGUGUGGGUUGACUGACUAUGCAAUUUGAAACAGGGAGUGUGACAAGUGAGCUAGACAUGCAUUUUAGUAACUAGCAGACAAGGCUAGCCUCUGAUGUCUGGCUACGGCUAGUUUGUCCUCAGCUGUGAUGCUGAACCGUUACAUCAGCACGGCUCAGUCUUGGUUUCUCUCAAAGUGCUUCUCUCAUCAUGUGUCCAUCACUGGCUGACUCACAUGAUUAACCCAGCACUGGUUCUGCAUUAGCCUACACCAUGUUGGCAGGAGUAGCCUUUGAAUUCCUGUCCUCAGCCUGCGAUUCGCUAAUAUACACAUAACUUAAGACUGUUAUCUUUGUUUAUGGACUUGAUGUUGCAAAGGCUUAAAUUAGCUUCUGAUCCCAAUUUCAAAAGGUCAUUUUUUUUGUUUUUUUUUGCUCUGCUUCCAGAAAUGGAAAAUGUUAAUUUGCUGGCAUUUUGUCUGUGAACAGACAUCAACCAUUGGUGACUGCUCCCAUGAUCCAGAAGUGGACUGUUUCGAAACCAUCUCAACAUGCCAACUUCUUGUUGCUCGCUAGAGAUGCUAAUUGUAUUAGCAGCUUCAUCUAAGUUGCAGAGGGAGUGCUGAUCCUCAGCUUUUGUGUAUUAGCUGGCAGUGUUUGGUUUUCCUGUAGAGUAUUUGCUCAGCCAAGUCAAUCCUCUGCAAUUUUUCUUGUAAUCACUAUAGUGCUGGCAACUUGAAUGGUAUCUCAUCACAGAGAAAGGCAAGUGUAUGGGUGAAGAAAAAAAAACUAUAAAACUGUCAAGUCAGUUUCUGUACAGGUAAUAUACGCUGCACCUAAUCAAAUGGACUGUUUCUUUCCCAGAUAAUUCAGCUAAGGUUACCUAGGUUACCUUGUCUACUCACCAUUUUCCAUUUAGGCCCUCCCACAAACCACAAAAUGAGAUGGGCAAAACAGAACUCCUCCACUGCUUACUCACUUCUUUCUCAGAUUCUACUCUAUGUCCAACCUAGAGGAGGCUUGUAGUGGUCACAGGCAUACGGAUUCUACUCUAUGUCCAACCUAGAGGAGGCUUGUAGUGGUCACAGGCAUACAGAUCCUUUCUAGAGCUAUGUGUUAUGUGCCAUUGUGAUGUCUGGGUAAGAAAGAUCCCUUCUUUCGUAUAAUUAGCAUACUCAAAUUUUGGAACUAUCCAGGCUCUUUUCAUUGGCAAUAUAAACAUAGAUUAAAGACACUUACCUUCACUUCUGAAACAAAAUACUGUCUGUUACUGACUGUCAUUUCAGUCUCUUUAUUUGAUUCAAAUGAAUCCAUUUUACAGUGAUCAUUUUAAAAGAUUCGACCAAGGCAUGGAACAGUGAACGUAGUUGGUCAUGUGCUCAGUGUCUUCUAUGUCUUAAAACACAAAUCUUUACAUAACAUCCAAACUGUAUAUGUCUUCACAUGUUCACGUUAUGAUCACUUGCAAGCAGCCAUUAAACACAACACAUAAUAAUUGUGUACUAUAAUGUAAAAAGGAAGUCUGAAAAAUAUUGCAUGAAUGUAAAUAUCGAUAUGCCUUCUUGCGUGUCCAUCAUAUGUACAUAGUAAAUUUAAUUUAAAGGGAUACAUUAAUAUAAAUUGGAAGCGAUGCCAUGAGGGAAUAAAGAUGUUUAUGUGUCUAGAGGAAGCCGUUAUUGUAUAUUUGUGUAAUUAACGGUUGCUAAUGAACAAUGUAUGCAUCACAUACCAAAACAUCUAACAUAUUGUGCAUUCAACUGAUUUAACUGCAACAUGUUGAUUUUUUAGUUUGAAAUAAAAUUGUAUUAUUCAGUAUUGA